GUACCAAAUGGUUAAUCCGUACACUUAGGCUUAUGUUGAUAUCAGAUAAAUCCUCAUUGCACGCUCGUUUCUCUGGAAAAUUAAAGAAUAAUUUAGGAAUCGGAGAUCUCGGCGACAGACUUUUGUUAGAUAGAUGGUAUCAUAUAGCUUAUACGCUUUCUGAUCUGAAAAAGAGAUUAGACAUCUACAUAGACGGUGAAUGGGACGGAUUCUAUAGUAUUCAAGAUGUUAAACUGGAAAAAGUGAUUUUUAAUGACGGACCACUCUAUAUCGAACCUUCUCCCACUGACGACUUUUAUUUAAAUUAUGGAUAUCAGGACAGAUUGAUUUUAUUUGGCUCGAAGGUUGCCCUUGUUCAUGUAUCUACUGAUAAAUAUUUGUCUACUAAUGGAAUCAAAUAUGACUUGGGCCCCGAAAAUAAGCAAUAUAUGGAAGUUGGUAAUAAACGGAAAAUUGAUUUGAAAAAUGAUAUUUGGACUGUUAUUGGACCCUAUGGUAAAAGUGUAAAUGCGAGAAGCUCUGUGCCUUUUAAUACAAUUGUUGGGUUUAAUCAUAAUGCGACAGGAGGAAAUUUGCAUUCUUAUGAUAUGUGUGAUGAGAAAAUUACACCGAUUUCGAAGCAGCAGCAAGUGACCGCCAAUCCUGGUGGAAAUCGUGAUGAUGAUUUUCUUAUUACACGUUAUAAUGCAAAGGCUUCUAAAGAUCACCCAGGGUUUUUAAAGAAUGGUGAUAUAAUCUGCCUUUUUCACAUUACAACCGGUAAGCCAGCACUCUAUAGUCAUUCUGUAUUAUUUGGUGAUAGAACUCAAGAAGUCUCAUGUCAUGGAAAUGAAAAUGAUGAAAAUAAUAAA